CAGCCUCCGGGGGCCCGCGACUCCGCGGUGGAAGCCGGUGCGGCUGCGGGGCACGGCGGCUGCGACAGGCAGAGGAGGCGGCGAGGCGCUCGAGAGGGCUGCCGCGGCGGCCUGACGCCAGGGCGAGGCGCGUCUAGGCGGAACACCGGCUCCUGCCGCCGCACACCUGCCCGGCAGUCCGCACAGCCGAGGCCGCUGCGGGGUCCGCACCCGCUGCCCGGAGGGAUAGCUGGGCGCCCAGCCGGCCUCAGCUGUCCAUCUCCGACCGAGCCAGCCAAUCGCCCGCGAUUGCCCCGGCCGCACCUCCCGGAAUCUCUGACGGGCGUGCGUCGCAGCCUAUGAGAUGGGGGCCCCGGCGGCCCGGGCCGGGAGCGGGAGCCAAUGAGCAACAUUUCAGGGGCCGUCGCGCCUGGAUCCUCCUGUUUACAAUGGCACAGAGGACCGGACUGGAAGAUCCAGAGAGGUAUCUCUUCGUGGACAGGGCUGUCAUCUACAACCCUGCCACCCAGGCCGACUGGACGGCUAAAAAGCUAGUGUGGAUUCCGUCCGAACGCCAUGGCUUCGAGGCCGCCAGCAUCAAGGAAGAGCGAGGCGAUGAAGUGAUGGUGGAGUUGGCGGAGAAUGGCAAGAAGGCCAUGGUCAGCAAGGACGACGUCCAGAAGAUGAACCCGCCCAAGUUUUCCAAGGUGGAGGACAUGGCCGAGUUGACGUGCUUGAACGAGGCGUCUGUUUUACAUAAUCUGAAGGAUCGUUACUAUUCAGGACUUAUCUAUACUUAUUCUGGACUCUUCUGUGUAGUCAUAAAUCCUUACAAGAAUCUCCCAAUUUACUCUGAGAAUAUUAUUGAAAUGUACAGAGGGAAGAAACGCCACGAGAUGCCUCCCCACAUCUAUGCUAUAUCCGAAUCUGCUUACAGAUGCAUGCUGCAAGAUCGUGAGGACCAGUCAAUUCUUUGCACGGGUGAAUCGGGUGCCGGGAAGACAGAAAACACUAAGAAAGUGAUUCAGUACCUUGCUCAUGUCGCUUCUUCACACAAAGGACGAAAGGACCAUAAUAUUCCUCAGGAAUCACCUAAACCAGUGAAACACCAGGGGGAACUUGAACGGCAGCUUUUGCAAGCAAAUCCAAUUCUGGAAUCCUUUGGAAAUGCGAAGACUGUGAAAAAUGAUAACUCAUCUCGUUUUGGCAAGUUUAUUCGGAUCAACUUUGAUGUAACUGGCUAUAUCGUUGGGGCCAACAUUGAAACAUACCUUCUGGAAAAAUCUCGUGCUGUUCGUCAAGCAAAAGAUGAGCGUACUUUUCACAUCUUUUACCAGCUGUUAUCUGGAGCAGGAGAGCAUCUGAAGUCUGACCUGCUCCUUGAAGGAUUUAAUAACUACAGAUUUCUCUCCAAUGGCUAUAUUCCUAUUCCGGGACAGCAAGACAAAGAUAACUUUCAGGAGACAAUGGAAGCGAUGCAUAUAAUGGGCUUCUCUCACGAUGAGAUUCUGUCAAUGCUCAAGGUAGUCUCUUCGGUGCUGCAGUUUGGAAAUAUUUCUUUCAAAAAGGAACGAAACACUGAUCAAGCUUCCAUGCCGGAAAAUACAGUUGCACAGAAACUCUGCCAUCUUCUCGGCAUGAACGUGAUGGAGUUUACUCGGGCUAUUCUCACUCCCCGGAUCAAGGUGGGCCGAGACUACGUGCAGAAAGCCCAGACCAAAGAGCAGGCAGACUUUGCAGUAGAAGCUUUGGCAAAAGCUACCUACGAGCGGCUCUUCCGCUGGCUGGUUCACCGUAUCAAUAAAGCUCUGGACCGGACCAAACGGCAAGGGGCAUCUUUCAUCGGAAUCCUGGAUAUCGCUGGAUUUGAGAUUUUUGAGCUGAACUCCUUCGAGCAGCUCUGCAUCAACUACACCAACGAGAAGCUGCAGCAGCUCUUCAACCACACCAUGUUCAUCCUGGAGCAGGAGGAGUACCAGCGCGAGGGCAUCGAGUGGAACUUCAUCGACUUCGGCCUCGACCUGCAGCCCUGCAUCGACCUCAUCGAGAGACCCGCUAACCCGCCCGGCGUGCUGGCCCUUCUGGAUGAAGAGUGCUGGUUUCCUAAAGCCACGGAUAAAACCUUUGUUGAAAAACUCGUUCAAGAGCAAGGGUCCCACUCCAAGUUUCAGAAGCCUCGUCAACUGAAAGACAAAGCCGACUUUUGCAUCAUACAUUACGCGGGAAGGUAAGUGGACUACAAGGCCGAUGAGUGGCUGAUGAAGAACAUGGACCCUCUGAACGACAACGUGGCCACCCUCCUGCACCAGUCCUCCGACAGGUUCGUCGCCGAGCUCUGGAAGGAUGAGAUUCAGAAUAUUCAGAGAGCUUCUUUCUAUGACAGUGUUUCUGGUCUUCAUGAGCCACCAGUGGACCGGAUCGUGGGUCUGGACCAAGUCACGGGGAUGGCGGAGACGGCAUUCGGCUCCGCGUAUAAGACCAAGAAGGGCAUGUUUCGGACCGUCGGGCAGCUCUACAAAGAAUCUCUCACCAAGCUGAUGGCCACGCUCCGGAACACCAACCCCAACUUCGUGCGCUGCAUCAUCCCCAAUCACGAGAAGCGGGCCGGCAAACUGGAUCCGCACCUCGUGCUGGAUCAGCUUCGCUGCAAUGGUGUCCUGGAGGGGAUCAGAAUCUGUCGCCAGGGGUUCCCCAACCGGAUCGUUUUCCAGGAAUUCAGACAGAGAUAUGAGAUCCUAACUCCGAAUGCUAUCCCUAAAGGUUUUAUGGAUGGCAAACAGGCUUGUGAACGAAUGAUCCGGGCUUUAGAAUUGGACCCAAACUUAUAUAGGAUUGGGCAGAGCAAGAUAUUUUUCAGAGCUGGCGUCCUGGCGCACUUGGAGGAGGAAAGAGAUUUAAAAAUCACCGACAUCAUCAUCUUCUUCCAGGCUGUCUGCAGAGGCUACCUGGCCAGAAAGGCCUUUGCCAAGAAGCAGCAGCAGCUGAGCGCCCUGAAGGUGCUGCAGCGGAACUGCGCCGCGUACCUGAAGCUGCGGCACUGGCAAUGGUGGCGCGUCUUCACCAAGGUGAAGCCGCUGCUCCAAGUGACUCGCCAGGAGGAGGAGCUUCAGGCCAAAGAUGAGGAGCUGUUGAAGGUGAAGGAGAAGCAGACGAAGGUGGAGGGGGAGCUGGAGGAGAUGGAGAGGAAGCACCAGCAGCUGCUGGAAGAGAAGAAUAUCCUGGCGGAGCAGCUACAAGCAGAGACGGAGCUCUUCGCUGAAGCAGAAGAGAUGAGGGCAAGACUUGCUGCUAAAAAGCAGGAGUUAGAGGAGAUCCUCCAUGACUUGGAGUCCAGGGUCGAAGAGGAAGAAGAAAGAAACCAGAUCCUGCAGAAUGAAAAGAAAAAAAUGCAAGCACAUAUUCAGGACCUGGAGGAGCAGCUGGACGAGGAAGAGGGGGCCCGCCAGAAACUGCAGCUGGAAAAGGUGACGGCAGAGGCCAAAAUCAAGAAGAUGGAAGAGGAGAUUCUGCUUCUCGAGGAUCAAAAUUCCAAGUUUAUCAAAGAAAAGAAACUCAUGGAAGAUCGCAUUGCUGAGUGCUCCUCUCAGCUGGCUGAGGAGGAGGAAAAGGCCAAAAACUUGGCCAAAAUCAGGAACAAGCAAGAAGUGAUGAUCUCGGAUUUAGAAGAGCGCUUGAAGAAGGAGGAGAAGACCCGCCAGGAACUGGAGAAGGCCAAAAGGAAGCUGGACGGCGAGACCACGGACCUGCAGGACCAGAUCGCCGAGCUGCAGGCACAGAUCUACGAGCUCAAGAUCCAGGUGGCCAAGAAAGAGGAGGAGCUGCAGGGCGCCCUGGCCAGGGGUGACGACGAGACGCUGCACAAGAACAACGCACUGAAGGUCGUGCGGGAGCUGCAAGCCCAGAUCGCUGAGCUUCAGGAAGACUUUGAAUCCGAGAAGGCGUCGCGGAACAAGGCGGAAAAGCAGAAGAGGGACUUGAGCGAGGAGCUGGAGGCUCUGAAGACAGAGCUGGAGGACACGCUGGACACCACGGCGGCUCAGCAGGAACUGCGGACAAAACGUGAACAGGAAGUGGCAGAGCUGAAGAAGGCUCUCGAAGAGGAAACCAAGAACCACGAGGCUCAGAUCCAGGACAUGAGGCAGCGGCACGCGGCGGCCCUGGAGGAGCUCUCGGAGCAGCUGGAACAGGCCAAGAGGUUCAAAGCGAACCUGGAGAAGAACAAACAGGGCCUGGAGACUGACAACAAGGAGCUGGCGUGUGAGGUGAAGGUGCUGCAGCAGGUCAAGGCCGAGUCCGAGCACAAGAGGAAGAAGCUGGAUGCCCAGGUCCAGGAGCUCCACGCCAAGGUCUCAGAAGGAGACAGACUCAGGGUCGAACUGGCUGAGAAAGCAAAUAAGCUACAGAAUGAACUGGAUAACGUCUCAACUCUUCUAGAAGAAGCAGAGAAGAAGGGGAUUAAGUUUGCUAAGGAUGCAGCUAGUCUUGAGUCUCAGCUCCAGGACACCCAGGAGCUUCUUCAGGAGGAGACACGUCAAAAACUGAACCUGAGCAGUCGAAUCCGGCAGCUGGAGGAGGAGAAGAACAGCCUUCAGGAACAGCAGGAGGAGGAGGAGGAAGCCAGGAAGAACCUCGAAAAGCAGGUGUUAGCCCUGCAGGCCCAGUUGACGGACACCAAGAAGAAAGUCGACGAUGACGUGGGGACCAUUGAAGGUUUGGAAGAAGCCAAGAAGAAGCUCCUUAAAGACGCGGAGGCGCUGAGCCAGCGCCUGGAGGAAAAGGCUCUGGCCUACGACAAGCUGGAGAAGACCAAGAACCGCCUGCAGCAGGAGCUCGACGACCUGCUCGUGGACCUGGACCACCAGCGCCAGAUCGUCUCCAACUUGGAGAAGAAGCAGAAGAAGUUCGACCAGCUGCUGGCCGAAGAGAAGAACAUCUCUGCCCGCUACGCGGAGGAGCGAGACCGGGCCGAAGCGGAGGCCAGAGAGAAGGAAACCAAAGCGCUGUCCCUGGCCCGCGCCCUGGAGGAGGCCCUGGAGGCCAAGGACGAGUUCGAGCGGCAGAACAAGCAGCUGCGGGCCGACAUGGAGGACCUGAUGAGCUCCAAGGACGACGUGGGCAAGAAUGUUCAUGAACUUGAAAAAUCCAAACGGGCCCUGGAGCAGCAGGGAGAAAUGAGGACGCAGCUGGAAGAGCUGGAAGAUGAGCUUCAGGCCACGGAAGAUGCCAAGCUUCGCCUGGAGGUCAACAUGCAGGCCAUGAAGGCCCAGUUCGAGAGGGACCUGCAAACCCGAGACGAGCAGAACGAGGAAAAGAAGCGGCUGCUGAUUAAACAGGUGCGGGAGCUCGAGGCAGAGCUGGAGGAUGAGCGCAAACAGCGAGCCCUUGCUGUCGCUUCAAAGAAGAAAAUGGAAAUAGACCUGAAGGACCUGGAAGCUCAAAUCGAGGCGGCGAACAAGGCUCGGGAUGAAGUGAUCAAGCAGCUUCGCAAACUUCAGGCUCAGAUGAAGGACUACCAACGUGAAUUAGAAGAAGCACGUGCAUCCCGUGAUGAGAUUUUUGCUCAAUCCAAAGAGAGUGAAAAGAAAUUAAAGAGUCUGGAAGCAGAAAUUCUUCAAUUGCAGGAGGAACUUGCCUCGUCUGAGCGAGCCCGCCGACACGCCGAGCAGGAGAGAGACGAGCUGGCGGACGAGAUCGCCAACAGCGCCUCUGGCAAGUCUGCGCUGCUGGACGAGAAGCGGCGUCUAGAGGCGCGAAUCGCGCAGCUGGAGGAGGAGCUGGAAGAGGAGCAGAGCAACAUGGAGCUGCUCAACGACCGCUUCCGCAAGACCACGCUGCAGGUGGACACGCUGAACGCAGAGCUGGCGGCCGAGCGCAGCGCCGCCCAGAAGAGCGACAACGCGCGCCAGCAGCUGGAACGGCAGAACAAGGAGCUGAAGGCCAAGCUGCAGGAGCUGGAGGGCGCUGUCAAGUCCAAGUUCAAGGCCACCAUCUCAGCCCUGGAAGCCAAGAUUGGGCAGCUAGAGGAGCAGCUUGAGCAGGAGGCCAAGGAAAGAGCAGCCGCCAACAAACUGGUCCGCCGCACCGAGAAGAAGCUGAAGGAGAUCUUCAUGCAGGUGGAAGACGAGCGCCGCCACGCAGACCAGUAUAAAGAACAGAUGGAAAAGGCCAACGCCAGGAUGAAGCAGCUCAAGCGGCAGCUGGAGGAAGCGGAAGAAGAAGCCACACGUGCCAACGCGUCUCGGCGCAAACUCCAGCGGGAACUGGAUGACGCCACCGAGGCCAACGAGGGCCUGAGCCGCGAGGUCAGCACCCUGAAGAACCGGCUGAGGCGAGGCGGCCCCAUCAGCUUCUCCUCCAGCCGCUCUGGCCGCCGCCAGCUGCACCUGGAGGGCGCGUCCCUGGAGCUCUCGGACGACGACACAGAAAGUAAGACCAGUGAUGUCAACGAGACGCAGCCGCCCCAGUCUGAGUAGGUCCGAGGACGAGGUGGAGGCGAUGCGGCAGGACACGCAGGAAGGCAGCGGCGCCCCUGCCCGGGGCCUCCCCCGCGAGCUGGGGGGCGGCGGACGCGGGAUGCCGGGCUGCGCGAUCAACGGUGUCUUAAGGCCUUGCAGCCUCCACAUGCUGUAUCCUGCUCCAGAUUUAGGUACAGUUGCUCCCCUUUUUAUAUAUAGACCUCACACCGAACACACACACAUUAAACAGGUCGUCUCAUCGCAUCUACUUUCCAUCUACCCAUCAAGAGACCAUUUUAUGAUACGCGUUAAGAGAACCCUUUUUCAGACAAACUGCAGACUCCGCCGCCAGUGGCGGGGUUGUUGGGGCGGCCCCGGGGUCGCUGCCCGGUCCUCUGCAUGCUCUGUCGUACGGACAGCUGACUUAGUUCUGUGUCCAUGUGGCCCCUGCCGCCUCAGCCACAUCAAGUCUCCUAGAACAUUGUGGAAUCUAAACUGCACUUGUAGCUCUCAUUUCCUUCCAGUACUGAUCACGAUUCCAGGGCGCCAACUGUGAAAGGGGCCUCGGGGAGAGCAGGCGGGGUGGGCUGGCCUGGGGUGGGGGAAACGGCACCCGUGCCCCCUCCCUCGAGGCGCGGUGGCCGAGAUGCAGCGGAGGCCCGGGGGCGGGGGGUAAGGGCAGCCAGCGCUUGGCCCCUGGGUGGCCUCCUUGAGGCCUCUGGCUUCGCCAGCCGUCGCCCUGCUUCCGGAGCAGAAGUUAGGGGACUUGCCUUGCCUCCUCCGCGCCACCCAGGCUCUCAUGCUGACCUUGCAAAUUCAGCCGCUGCUUUGAGCCCAAAGUGGGAAUAUUGGUUUUGUGUCCAAGACUUGUUCCAAGUUUGUCAGUGAGGUUGACAGAACGUCGAGCGCAGAUGCCACCUGCCUGAGUGUUGACAUGCCAGUGGAUGUGACUCCUUUUUCGUUUCUCCUUUCCCUCCCCUUGGGACAGUGUUAGAGUGAACAUUUAGCAUCUGUUUUUGGUUGAUAGUUAAUCAAACUGACAUUACAGAAAGUGCCUUAGACACUACAGUACUAAGACAAUGUUAAAUCUAUGAUUUGCCUCUGUAACAGUUUAACGUAUUAAGUUUUGACUGUGCUCAUAUCAUGUACCUCUCUAGUCCAAGUGGUAUUAUAAACAUUCAGUGACAACGAAUCAGUGUUCAUUAUAAAUCCUCCGCAACGUGCUUGAAAACACAAACCUUUUGGGUUGAAAGCUUUAACAUCCGGUAGGAAGACUCUGUCACGUGGGUUUGGAAUCUUUGAUUUUCCCCUUUAUGAAUUGUACUGGCUGUUGACCACCAGACACCUGACUGCAAAUAUCUUUUCUUGUAUUCCCAUAUUUCUAGACAAUGAUUUUUGUAAGACAAUAAAUUUAUUCAUUAUAGAUAUUUACGCCUGCUCUGUUUACUUGGAGGACAAAGCACCCGUUGAGAAUAAACAGACCUCAAUAAACAAGCAUCAUCCUGUGAA